AUGUACAAGAAGGAAUCACUCAAGAAGAAGAGAAAGCGGGACAGGACAGAUCAGAAAUUGGAGAUGGAUGGGGAGCUACGUGACCAUAGCCGCGUACGCUACGCGGAUAGGGAUGUACUUGGUGCAGGACUAGAAAUCAAUCUGCACAGAUCAUCUAUAUUAGGGAUGUACUCGGUGCGGGUUGGGUACAACCUGCAGGUUUUAUUCUUUAACAUGGUUGUAUUUUUACCUUUAAUUAGCUGGUUUAGGCUUCUAGGGGGUAUAAAUAGGCUGCAAGGAAAUUAA